AUGAGAACUGCCGAGGAGUCUUCUGGCACGGUCCUGCACCGUCUCAUCCAGGAGCAGCUCCGUUACGGGAACCUCACAGACACCAGCACCCUCCUGUCCAUCCAGCAGCAGGCCCUGCGUGGAGGCAGCAACAGCAGCGGAGGAGGAGGGGGUACCGGAUCCCCCCGCUCCUCCCUGGAGAGCCUGACCCAGGAGGAGUCCCAGUUCCUCCACAUGUCCACCAGACAGGAUCCCCAGGGCCAGGAGCACAAGGGGGACCACAACCACUGUGAGAGUGACUCCUCCGUGUGUCGCCUCUACCAGCUCCACAGACACGGAGAGGAGCUGCCCACCUAUGAGGAGGCCAAGGCCCACUCUCAGUACCUGGCCUCGGUAGGGGCCCAGUGGGGUCAGCCUCAGCUUGGUCUGGGUCUGGAGGUGAUGGAUCACCAGGGAGGGGGAGAGGGCCAGGAGGACCUGAAACGGAAGCACGCCCGGAGCCUCAGUGAGCGUCUCAUGCGGCUCUCCCUGGAGAGAUCAAGUGGAGACAUUCAGCCCCUCACCUCCUCUCACAGUUACCCUCAGCUGUCCAAUGGCCACUCUGGGCCUGUUGAACACCAGGGGACAGAGUUUCUCCAGUACCCUGAUCAGAGGGGACCUCCCCCGGACUACCCCUUCCUGGUCAGGGCUCCUGGAUACAUGCUCAGCCACUCACAGGAGACACACGGACACCGCUACCAGGAUCCUCCUCCCCCAUUCCACUCACAGCACAGGUAAAUAUGACACACAUAUACCAAUUAUGGGUGCCAGACCAGUAGUGACACCCUGUUUGCUAUAUGGGAUGAAUGUAGCCUAUAUCCCAGUGACCCUAUGUGUUUACAACCACCAUUCUUAAAUGAUACCGUUUGAUGCUAAUGAAUCCCUCUCCUCUCCCCAGGUACGUACCUGCCCAGCCCCAGGCAGAGAUGGUUCGACACAGUGUCCGCUCCGGUCCGGAGGUCUACAUGAGCCACAGCAGCCCCAGUAACGCCCAGAUGGACCUGUUCAGGGAGAAUGAGAGACUGAGGAAAGAGGUGGAGGGGUACAGCGAGAAGGCCGCCAGACUUCAGAAGGUGAGAGAGAGGAGACUUCCUUGGUUACAAUAAACGGAAUACGGUGCCGUUUGGAACGUUGAGGGUCUUCUACAAUCAUUCUAAUUCUAAUUCACAUUCUACAUUGACAUUUUAGUCAUUUAGCAGACGCCGUUAUCCACAGUGACUUACAGUCAGUUCAUUCAUCUUAAGAUAGCUAUGUGACAAGUCCCCUGUAGCUCAGUUGGUAGAGCAUGGCGUUUGCAACGCCAGGGUUGUGGGUUCGUUUUCCCACGGGGGGGCCAGUAUGAAAAAUGUAUGCACUCACUAACUGUGAGUCGCUCUGGAUAAGAGCGUCUGCUAAAUGACUAAAAUGUAAAUGUGAGACAAUCACAUGUCAUAGUAAGUACACUUUUCCUCAAUGAAGUAGCUAUCAGCAAAGUCAGAGCUAGAAAGGUGAGGGGUGGGUGCUGUGGAAUUAUUUAAUAUACUUAUUGAAGAGGUAGGGUUUUCAAAUGUUUUCGGAAGAUGGGCAGGAACUCUGCUGUCCUAACUUCAGAGGUACAGUGGCUUGCACAAGUAUUCACCCCCCCUUGGCAUUUUUCCUAUUUUGUUGCCUUACAACCUGGAAUUAAAAUUGAUUUUUUGGGGGGGGUUGUAUCAUUUGAUUUACACAACAUGCCUACUACUUUGAAGAUGCAAAAUAUGUUUUAUUGUGAAACAAACAAGAAAUAAGACAAAAAAACAGAAAACUUGAGCGUGCAUAACUAUUAACCCCUAUUAACUAUUAACCCCCCCCAAAGUCAAUACUUUGUAGAGCCACCUUUUGCAGCAAUUACAGCUGCAAGUCUCUUGGGGUAUGUCUCUAUAAGCUUGGCACAUCUAGCCACUGGGAUUUUUGCCCAUUCUUCAAGGCAAUACUGCUCCAGCUCCUUCAAGUUGGAUGGGUUCCACUGGUGUACAGCAAUCUUUAAGUCAUACCACAGAUUAUCAAUUGGAUUGAGGUCUGGGCUUUGACUAGGCCAUUCCAAGACAUUUAAAUGUUUCCCCUUAAACCACUUGAGUGUUGCUUUAGCAGUAUGCUUAGGGUCAUUGUCCUGUUGGAAGGUGAACCUCCGUCCCAGUCUCAAAUCUCUGGAAGACUGAAACAGGUUUCCCUCAAGAAUUUCCCUGUAUUUAGCGCCAUCCAUCAUUCCUUCAAUUCUGACCAGUUUCCCAGUCCCUGUCGAUGAAAAAAACAUCCCCACAGCAUGAUGCUGGAUGGUGUUCUCGGGGUGAUGAGAGGUGUUGGGUUUGCCCCAGACAUAGCGUUUUCCUUGAUGGCCAAAAAACUCAAUUUUAGUCUCAUCUGAGCAGAGUACCUUCUUCCAUAUGUUUGGGGAGUCUCCCACAUGGCUUUUGGCGAACACCAAAUGUGUUUGCUUAUUUUUUCUUUAAGCAAUGGCUUUUUUCUGGCCACUCUUCUGUAAAGCCCAGCUCUGUGGAGUGUACGUCUUAAAGUGGUCCUAUGGACAGAUACUCCAAUCUCUGCUGUGGAGCUUUGCAGAUCCUUCAGGGUUAUCUUUGGUCUCUUUGUUGCCUCUCUGAUUAAUGCCCUCCUUGCCUGGUCCGUGAGUUUUGGUGGGCGGCCCUCUCUUUGCAGGUUUGUUGUGGUGCCAUAUUCUUUCCAUUUUUUAAUAAUGGAUUUAAUGGUGCUCCGUGGGAUGUUCAAAUUUUCUGAUAUUUUUUUAUAACCCAACCCUGAUCUGUACUUCUCCACAACUUUGUCCCUGACCUGUUUGGAGAGCUCCUUGGUCUUCAUGGUGCCGCUUGCUUGGUGGUGCCCCUUGCUUAGUGGUGUUGCAGACUCUGGGGCCUUUCAGAACAGGUGUAUAUAUACUGAGAUCAUGUGACAGGAUCAUGUGACACUUAGAUUGCACACAGGUGGACUUUAUUUAACGAAUUAUGUGACUUCUGAAGGUAAUUGGUUGCACCAGAUCUUAUUUAGGAGCUUCAUAGCAAACGGGGUGAAUACAUAUGCACGCACCACUUUUCCGUGAUUUAUUUUUUUGAAUUUUUUGAAACAAGUUAUUAAUCACCAAUUUGGACUAUUUUGUGUUCGUCCAUUACAUGAAAUCCAAAUAAAAAUCCAUUUAAAUUACAGGUUGUAAUGCAACAGAAUAGGAAAAACGCCAAGGGUGAUGAAUACUUUUGCAAGGCACUGUAAGCUGGUUCGACCAUUGGGGUGCCAGGACAGAGAAGGGCUUGGACUGUGCUGAGUGGGAGCUGCCCUCCCGUAGGGAUGGGAGGGCCAAGAGGCCAGAGGUGGCAGAACGGAGUGCUCGAGUUGGGGUGUAGGGUUUUGAACAUAGCCUGAAGGUAAGGAGGGGCAUUUCCUUUUGCUGCUCCAUAGGUAAGCACCAUGGUCUUGUAAUGGAUGUGAGCUUCAACUGGAAGCCAGUGAAGUGUGCGGAGGAAAGGCUUGACAUGGGAGAACUUGGGAAGGUUGAAAACUGGGCUGCAGCGUUCUGGAUAAGUUGCAGGGGUUUGAUGGCACAAGCGUGGAGCCCAGCCAACAGCGAGUUGCAGUAGUCCAGACGGGAGACGACAAGUGCCUGGAUUAGGACCUGCACUGCUUCCUGUGUGAGGUAGGGUUAUACUCUACGGAGGUUAUAGAGCAUGACCCUGCAGGAGCGAGUCACUGCUUUGAUGUUUGCAGAGAACGACAGGAUGUUGUCCAGGGUCAAGCCAAGGUUCUUUGCACUCUGGGAGGGGGAGACCAUUGAGUUGUCAACCAUGAAGGAGAGGUCUGAGCGGGCAGGCCUUCCCCAGGAGAAAGAGCAGCUCCUUCUUGUCAAGAUUGAGCUUGAGGGGGUGGGCCGACAUACAAGCUUAUAGUUACCUGCCAGCGACGUAAAGGUGCGUGUCGCCACCUGGGUGUCAGAAGGGGGGAAGGAGAAACGUAGUUGAGUGUCCAUCCGCAUAGCGAUGAUGGGAGAGACCAUGUGAGGAUAUGACGGAGCUGAGUGACUUGGUGUAUAGAGAGAAGAGGAGAGGGCCUAGAACCGAGCCCUGGGGGACACCAGUAGUGAGAGUACGUGGUGCAGACACAGAUCCUCUCCACGUCACCUGGUAGGAGCGGCCUGCCAGGCAGGAUGGAAUCCUGAGAGUGUGGAGAGCCGUGAGACACCCAGCACUGAGAGGGUGGAGAGGAGGAUCACAGCGUAGAAGGCAGACCAGCACUGAGAGGGUGGAGAGGAGGAUCACAGCGUAGAAGGCAGGUCUAGGAGGAUGAGAACAGAGGAGAGAGAGUCAGCUUUGGCAGAGCGGAGAGCCUCCGUGACACAGAGAAGAGCAGUCUCGGUUGAGUGACCCGUCUUGAAGCCUAACUGGUCAGGGUCAUGAAGACGGUUCUGAGAGAGAUAGCGAGAGAGUGGGUCAGAGACGGCACGGUCAAGCUAAUACUGCCCUUGAAUGAUUCCGUCAAUGCAUCCUGUUCAUAGCAGUGUGUCUGCUUGUAAUGUAGUUUAGUGACAGUAAUAUAUUUUGAGUAAACUAUAAUUUGAUUAUAAUAGCAUGAAUAGGUUUUAUUUCUAAGCCCUGUUGGCUCACAAAGGUUGUGGAGGUAGGUAGCGAACUAUAAAGUGUGUGUGUGUGUGUGUGUGUGUGUGUGUGUGUGUGUGUGUGUGUGUGUGUGUUUGCCAAUGCUGCAUAUCAGUGAGAUUAGUCCUCUAGCUGUGCUGUAGCAGGAAUGUGCACCGUGGACGGAUCACAGGGACCUUUCUGUUCAUUUUGGAAUCAUUGAUUUCUAGUGACAGACAGAGACAUGUAGACAGGUGAUGUUAGUGACAGACAGAGACAUGUAGACAGGUGAUGUUAGUGACAGACAGAGACAUGUCAACAGGUGAUGUUAGUGACAGACAGAGACAUGUAGACAGGUGAUGUUAGUGACAGACAGAGACAUGUCAACAGGUGAUGUUAGUGACAGACAGAGACAUGUAGACAGGUGAUGUUAGUGACAGACAGAGACAUGUAGACAGGUGAUGUUAGUGACAGACAGAGACAUGUAGACAGGUGAUGUUAGUGACAGACAGAGACAUGUAGACAGGUGAUGUUAGUGACAGACAGAGACAUGUAGACAGGUGAUGUUAGUGACAGACAGAGACAUGUAGACAGGUGAUGUUAGUGACAGACAGAGACAUGUAGACAGGUGAUGUUAGUGACAGACAGAGACAUGUCAACAGGUGAUGUUAGUGACAGACAGAGACAUGUAGACAGGUGAUGUUAGUGACAGACAGAGACAUGUCAACAGGUGAUGUUAGUGACAGACAGAGACAUGUCAACAGGUGAUGUUAGUGACAGACAGAGACAUGUAGACAGGUGAUGUUAGUGACAGACAGAGACAUGUAACAGGUGAUGUUAGUGACAGACAGAGACAUGUCAACAGGUGAUGUUAGUGACAGACAGAGACAUGUCAACAGGUGAUGUUAGUGACAGACAGAGACAUGUAGACAGGUGAUGUUAGUGACAGACAGAGACAUGUAGACAGGUGAUGUUAGUGACAGACAGAGACAUGUCAACAGGUGAUGUUAGUGACAGACAGAGACAUGUCAACAGGUGAUGUUAGUGACAGACAGAGACAUGUCAACAGGUGAUGUUAGUGACAGACAGAGACAUGUAGACAGGUGAUGUUAGUGACAGACAGAGACAUGUCAGACAGGUGAUGUUAGUGACAGACAGAGACAUGUCAACAGGUGAUGUUAGUGACAGACAGAGACAUGUAACAGGUGAUGUUAGUGACAGACAGAGACAUGUCAACAGGUGAUGUUAGUGACAGACAGAGACAUGUAGACAGGUGAUGUUAGUGACAGACAGAGACAUGUCAACAGGUGAUGUUAGUGACAGACAGAGACAUGUCAACAGGUGAUGUUAGUGACAGACAGAGACAUGUCAACAGGUGAUGUUAGUGACAGACAGAGACAUGUAGACAGGUGAUGUUAGUGACAGACAGAGACAUGUAGACAGGUGAUGUUAGUGACAGACAGAGACAUGUAGACAGGUGAUGUUAGUGACAGACAGAGACAUGUCAACAGGUGAUGUUAGUGACAGACAGAGCAUGCACGGUGAUGUUAGUGACAGACAGAGACAUGUAACAGGUGAUGUUAGUGACAGACAGAGACAUGUAGACAGGUGAUGUUAGUGACAGACAGAGACAUGUAGACAGGUGAUGUUAGUGACAGACAGAGACAUGUAGACAGGUGAUGUUAGUGACAGACAGAGACAUGUAGACAGGUGAUGUUAGUGACAGACAGAGACAUGUAGACAGGUGAUGUUAGUGACAGACAGAGACAUGUAGACAGGUGAUGUUAGUGACAGACAGAGACAUGUAGACAGGUGAUGUUAGUGACAGACAGAGACAUGUAGACAGGUGAUGUUAGUGACAGACAGAGACAUGUCAACAGGUGAUGUUAGUGACAGACAGAGACAUGUAGACAGGUGAUGUUAGUGACAGACAGAGACAUGUCAACAGGUGAUGUUAGUGACAGACAGAGACAUGUCAACAGGUGAUGUAGUGACAGACAGACAGGUGAUGUUAGUGACAGACAGAGACAUGUCAACAGGUGAUGUUAGUGACAGACAGAGACAUGUAGACAGGUGAUGUUAGUGACAGACAGAGACAUGUCAACAGGUGAUGUUAGUGACAGACAGAGACAUGUAGACAGGUGAUGUUAGUGACAGACAGAGACAUGUAGACAGGUGAUGUUAGUGACAGACAGAGACAUGUCAACAGGUGAUGUUAGUGACAGACAGAGACAUGUAGACAGGUGAUGUUAGUGACAGACAGAGACAUGUAGACAGGUGAUGUUAGUGACAGACAGAGACAUGUAGACAGGUGAUGUUAGUGACAGACAGAGACAUGUAGACAGGUGAUGUUAGUGACAGACAGAGACAUGUAGACAGGUGAUGUUAGUGACAGACAGAGACAUGUAGACAGGUGAUGUUAGUGACAGACAGAGACAUGUAGACAGGUGAUGUUAGUGACAGACAGAGACAUGUCAACAGGUGAUGUUAGUGACAGACAGAGACAUGUAGACAGGUGAUGUUAGUGACAGACAGAGACAUGUAGACAGGUGAUGUUAGUGACAGACAGAGACAUGUAGACAGGUUGAUGUUAGUGGACAGACAGAGACAUGUAGACAGGUGAUGUUAGUGACAGACAGAGACAUGUAGACAGGUGAUGUUAGUGACAGACAGAGACAUGUCAACAGGUGAUGUUAGUGACAGACAGAGUCCUUCCUCCUCCUCCUCCUCUUGCUCUUCCUCUUCCUCCUCCUCCCUCCUCCUCCUGCUCUUCCUCCUCCUCCUCCUCCUCCUCCUCCUCCUCCUCCUCCUCCUCCCCCUCCUCCGCCUCGUCCUCCUCCUCCCACCUGCUCCUCCUGCUCCUCCUCCUCCUCCUCCCCCUCCACUUCACCUACCCCUGCUCCUCCCCCUCCUCCUCCUCCACCUGCUCCUGCUCCUCCCCCUCCUCCUCCCCCUCCACCUCCUCCCACCUUCUCCUCCUGCUCCUCCUCCUCCUCCUCCCCCUCCACUUCACCUACCCCUGCUCCUCCUCCUCUUCCUCCUCCUCCUCCUCCUCCUCCUCCUCCUGCUCCUCCUCCCCCUCCACUUCACUUACUCUGCUCCUCCACAUCCUGUUCCUCCUCCCCCUCUUCCACCUGCUCCUGCUCCUCCACUGCCUGCUCCUCCUCCUCUCCCUCCCAUCCCCCUCCUCCUCCCACUAUUCCUCCUUCCCCUGCUCCUCCACUUCUCCUCCUCCACCUCCUACUCCUCUUCCUGCUCCUCCUCCACAUGUCUCAUUCAUUCAGCAUCACAGUCUUGUGAGACCAUGGAUUCCUUGAUUAAGCCUUGGGGGUCUUAAAUCCGCCCUCAGAUAGUUUUGUUUAUUGUCGCUUUUCCACUGUUGGACUUUUCACUAGUGUUUUAUUGUCGCCUUUUCACUAUCAGACUUUUCACCAGUGUUUUAUUGUCGCCUUUUCACUAUCAGACUUUUCACCAGUGUUUUCAGGCUUUUGUGUUUCCACCUCUGAGGCCUGGCCCAAAAAAAGCCCCUCAAAAUGUGACGAUUGGUGUGGGAUGAGCUGUGUUUUAAGGUAGAGACCCUCAGACUGACAGUAUCCUCUUGUGUGUUUCCUCCCAGCUGGAAGUGGAAAUCCAGAGGAUAUCUGAGGCCUACGAGACCCUGAUGAACGGCUCAGCCAAGAGAGAGACCCUGGAGAAAACCAUGAGGAACAAACUGGAGUCAGAGAUCAAGAGACUACACGACUUCAACAGAGACCUCAGAGGUAAAGGCUACCAGCAGCUAGAUGCUAAUGCUAACACAGCUAGUCAUUGCAAAUAAGAAUCUGUUUUUGAUGGACCUUACCUGCAUGAAUAAAGGUUAAAUAAAGCAAAGCUAAAGACUUCACUAGCUACCUGUUUUGAUUAAUUGUACUGCAGUGGGUUAAAUCAGGGUCACGCAGAGUGUUUCUUGACAGUCUUAAACAAAUCUACUUUGAAACAGAAUUAUACACCUCACACUUAUGGGCUUAAAGAAAGGAGACACCUGUCCCAUGUCAGAUAUAGAGUUGAAAUGUAUUACAUUAUGAGUUUGCAUCCCAAUAUUACACUUUAUAUACAUCACAGAAGACUGAAAUAUAACCAAAACCGUUUGACAUAGAAACACCGGAUUUUCUGCAGGUUUUUUGAAAGAAUGUUUAUUAAUUAUAAAAGAAUGAAAAAUAUUAAUAACGUUCCAUCCAUGAGACCACUAGAGGGCGCUUUGGUCACUUGACUGCAGGAAAGCUACCAACCUGGAGCAGGAGUCUUUGGGGUUUAAGUGUGGCUCUCCCCUAAAGAGGUAAUAAUAGAUCAUAAUUGAUUUCCCUCCCUCUCUCUUUGACCUGUAGAUCGUCUGGACACAGCUACCAAACAGUUGGUAGCCAAAGAGGUUGAAUCAGCAGACCAGAAACAGCAAGUCUUCAACAAACUCCUCAAACAAAGUAAGUAGAGAUCAGAUACCUCCCCAACAUGUUGAGAGAGAGAGACGAAAGAGGAAACACUGGCUUUCUUGUUGUUGCUUACUCUUCAUAAUCGCUUGAGUAAGACGUUCUGUGGAGAGAGGGCAGGGCGCUGGGCAAGAGAGAGCGUUUUCAGAUCUGUUUGCAAGGGCUGUUUUUUUUUUUUUACAAAUCACACAGCAUUGUGAAACACUUCACCCUGGGAUUCUGUGGCAGGUACAUAGUUCUCCUAGACUCUGACUGAUAUCGCUGCCAUAUUAAUGUAGUCCGUGGUCCGUGGUCAGAGGUCAGUGGUCAGAGGGGAGGCCGGCUAAGGGGGGACAUUCCCUGCUCUCUGCUCCUGUCUCCCUCUCCUUGGCGCUUGAACGCCAGUCAUUAUUCACAGCCCUCCACAAGUAAAUGUGGCCUGGAUUCCUGGAAUUUAUUGAGGUAUUUCAGACUGUUCCGUUCACUGGGAAUGCCUCCCUCCCCCUGCUCUGCUGCGCAGGGCUCCAUAGCUGUUGAGCUGCCGAGCUCCCUCCCUUCCUCAAGGGGAACUAAUGCAGGGCUUCCAUUCCCCACUCACAGCGCACUGACCCCUUGAUAGAUAUGUCUCCAUCUUUGGGCAUUUCUUCACCUCAGUAUGUGACGUCAGGUUUACUAUCACAUUGUUAUUGGCUGGCCUUUGGCAACGGGAACUGCCACUGCCCUGGCACUCAUUGUUGUGGUAAAGCUUCACAACUGUUAUUUAGUGAACUUGGUAUUGUAUUGGGAAAUGAAGUUUAAAUCAGCUUAAAGUAGGCCUUCAUCAGCGGUUAUGUCACAAAAUAACAACGUUCCGGUUUAACAGUCACACUACCAUGUCUGUUGGCCUCCAGGAGCAAUGAUUACACUCUGAGGAAUGUUCGUAUGAACAUUACAUGUACCUAUUUUGACGGUGUCAAAAUGUCAGUUGGUGGGUCGAAAAGGGGGUUUACAUGCUUUUGGCUCAUAGAAGAUUCCAAACAGUACUGAAAGACAGAGCUGCAUAUGAAACACUAUAGUGGGGCAUGAUCAUGUAGUCUAGCCUAAACCUUUACACUGCACUGUACAGUAACAUGGAACCUUUACACUGCACUGUACAGUAACAUGGAACCUUUACACUGCACUGUACAGUAACAUGGAACCUUUACACUGCACUGUACAGUAACAUGGAACCUUUACACUGCACUGUACAGUAACAUGGAACCUUUACACUGCACUGUACAGUAACAUGGAACCUUUACACUGCACUGUACAGUAACAUGGAACCUUUACACUGCACUGUACAGUAACAUGGAACCUUUACACUGCUCUGUACAGUAACAUGGAACCUAAACCUUUACACUGCACUGUACAGUAACAUGGAACCUUUACACUGCACUGUACAGUAACAUGGAACCUUUACACUGCUCUGUACAGUAACAUGGAGCCUAAACCUUUACACUGCACUGUACAGUAACAUGGAACCUUUACACUGCUCUGUACAGUAACAUGGAACCUUUACACUGCACUGUACAGUAACAUGGAGCCUAAACCUUUACACUGCACUGUACAGUAACAUGGAACCUUUACACUGCACUGUACAGUAACAUGGAACCUUUACACUGCACUGUACAGUAACAUGGAACCUUUACACUGCUCUGUACAGUAACAUGGAGCCUAAACCCUGGUCAAAAGUAGUGCACCAUAUAGGGAAUAGGGUGCCAUUUGUGCUCCAGUGAACACUGUCUGUAGGAAAUGGUUAAGAGGAAGUCUGCUUUCCCUUUUAGUCCAAAGGAAACAACGUGAACAUGUUGCUCUUGGAUAACUGUUUUAAAGGAGGUUAGGGGGCAGAUGGGAUUAGGGUUGGGCGGUAUCCAGAUUUUCAAAAUGUCAUACCGUCCUUCUCUCACCCCGGGAUUUACGGUACUACCGGCUUAGUCCACAUGGGGGCGCCGAAAACGCAAACAAGCCCAUUGGGCUCUAUUACCAGAAUACUAACAAAAUUAGCACAAGUAAUAGCGAAUUUCCAUGGAGGCUGCUAGCUAAAUAUGCUAACAAGUGGGAAAAUCACCCUGAUUAACUCUUUAGUAUUAUCCCAGUUUACCUAUUUGCUUAUGGUCUUGCCUACGCCUAGCGAACAGUUUUUUAAAUUAUAUGAGAAAAUAAUUUUCCAUUUUAAAUGGAACGGCAAGCCAGACAGAAUUAAACGGGCCUAUUUAUAUAAUGAAUAUGAAAAUCGGAGGACAGAAAUGAUUAAAUAUUAAAGCAUUAGACCUAUCGCUAAAAGCUUCAGUCAUACAAAAGUUAUACUUAAAUCCGAACUGGUUCUCUAGCAAAUUAGUAAAAUUGUCUCACCCAAUGUUCAAGAAUGGCCUUUUUCCCUUUAUUCAGAUUACAACUCAGUUAUUUGAAAAGGAAAUAAUCUCCCAAAUAUUACUAUUUCUAAAAUAAGCCAUAGAAAGUUGGUUGCAAUUUCAAUUUAAUCCUCCAGAAACUACAGAACAAAUAAUGCAACAAAUAUUGUGGUUAAACUCAAAUAUACUAAUUGAUAAAAAAAAAGAUUAAUAAAAAAAAAAAAAAAAAAAAAAAAGUUUAAUCUUCGUAAAUGAUGUCAUCGGUAGGACUGGUGGAGUUAUGUCGCACAUGCAGCUAACAAAAACAUAUGGAAAUGUCUGCUCUACCCAAAAUUACAACCAAAUAAUUGCAGCAUUACCGCAAAAAUGGAAGAGGAAAGUGGAAGGGGGGAAAGGUAAGGAACAUGUCUGUCGGCCGCAUUAAAGAAUAUAAUUGGUUAAAGAAAACUGUGAUAAAUAAAAAAGUCGACCAGUUUCAUUUAAGGACCAAAGGAUUGACAGCCGUCCCAUAUAGAUUGCAAAAUAGUUGGAGAGAGAUUUUUGACGUACCGAUUCCAUGGCAUGUUUAUGAACUGAUUCGCAAAACGACGCCAGAUUCAAAACUUAGAAUAUUUUCAAUUUAAAUUAUUAUAUAAAAUUCUUGCUACCAAUAGAAUGUUAUUUAUAUGGGGGAAGAGACAGAAUCAUUAGAUAAUUUGUUUUGGUACUGUCCAUUUGUAGCUUGUUUUUGGACACAGGUCCAGGAAUGGCUAAAGGACUGCAAUAUUUACCUGGAGCUAACCCUGCAGAUAGCACUACUGGGUGAUCUGAAAAGUCAUAGUCAAUCGAUCAAUAAUAUAAUAAUACUUUUAGCAAAAAUGUUUAUUUUCAAUUUACAAUCUGUAGAAACAAUGAGAAUAGAAGGGUUCAGAACUUUUUUGAAACAUCACAGUACAGUUGAAAAAUAUAUGGCAAAUAGAAAUCCAAUAUGGAUGAUGUUAAGAGAUAGAUGGGAGGUGUUGAAUGGAGUUGAAGGAUGGGACUAAUAACAACUAACACCAACUAAUAACAACAAGAUAACUAAUGUAAAGCAUACUGUGUCCAUAAUAAGUAUAUAGGUUAUAGGUUGAGAGCUUUUGUGAAAGAGCACAGUUAGAAAGAUAUGUCAUAUAGAAGCAAACCGGAUGGACAUCAUGAAAAUGAUCGGAGAGGUUGAGGGUAGAGGAAGUUCAGGAGCAAAAACAAACAAAAUAUAAUUAUUGUAAAAUUGACUGUGUCCAUAUAAUGUAUAUAGUAUGUAUAAGCUGGAAGUAGAGGCCUAAGCGUUGUUGUUCACUAGUUUACUCCAAUUAGGGAAGGGGUGGUGGGGUUGGAAAUUAAUAAAGGGAAAUAUAUUUUUUUAAAGGAUAUAUAUAUAUAUAUAUAUAUAUAUAUAUAUAUAUAUAUAUAUAUAUAUGUAUAUAUGUAUGUAUAUGUAUUUAUAUGUAUGUAUGUGUAUAUAUCUGCAAUAUUAAAGCUGAUCUACCCCCUAAAAAAAGUAAUAAAAAAGAGCGCAAACAAGUAUAAACAAAAAUUGCAAAAACUGGCAAUCCAGCUCAUAAAGUUAUACAUAUACAGGUAGGAGCUGGUAGGAGCUGGUAGGAGCUGGUAGGAGCUGGUAGGAGCUGGUAGGAGCUACCGAAUGGCAUUUUUGGUGAGUUUUGACAUUUACAAAUGCAUGUGAUCGAGAGACAUUGUACAAAUGAACAAAGUUUGAAGCAAAGUUUUAACAGUACUGUCUCUGAAGCAGCAUGGUUACACGCUGUGUCUGUCUGGAGUCGCUAGGGCAACGGGCCUGCCUGCUCUGCUUGGAGUCGCUAGGGCAACGGGCCUGCCUGCUCUGCUUGGAGUCGCUAGGGCAACGGGCCUGCCUGCUCUGCUUGGAGUCGCUAGGGUAACGGGUCUGCCUGCUCUGCUUGGAAUCGCUAGGGCAACGGGCCUGCCUGCUCUGCUUGGAGUCGCUAGGGCAACGGACCUGCCUGCUCUGCUUGGAGUCGCUAGGGCAACGGGCCUGCCUGCUCUGCUCGGAGUCGCUAGGGCAACGGGCCUGCCUGCUCUGCUUGGAGUCGCUAGGGCAACGGGCCUGCCUGCUCUGCUCGGAGAAGAGGGCGGAGGAGCAGACGGACCGAGAACAGAGAGGAGAAAAUAGCAAGGAAAUCAAGAGAUAGCAGCUGGUACAGAUAACUGAUCCAAAGGGCUUUGACUUCUCAAACACGGCAGAAAGCCAACACAAUAUGAUGCCUCAUCUCAUUAAUUCAGCCACUUACUUAGAUAGCAAGUUAAACUUAGGGAUCGUGUUAAAGGCAGAAUUCUGCGUUUUUCACUGAGGAAAAAAAGACAAAACGCAUAAGAAAUAUCUUGCUGCGUUUUUGUAAACACAGAUCUAAAAUGCUUCUUAUUGACAUUUCUGCUCAGCAUCAGACUCAUUUUGUGCUUCAGUUGCACUAAAUCCGGAUGAGAAUUCACCAACGGUCGUUCUAUCAGCUGACAUCAGCUCUGACUGAUGUCUAGCUACUUUUCUCCGGUACUUUUCUCAGUGUAUACAGUCUACUUUCUCUGGUAAAAUGCUAGAUUAACUUUAAGAAAAACAUUACGAAAUUUAGCUGGCUACAUUCUUUCUAUGUUAGGCCUAAACAUUAGAAAUAUGUUGGCCAUGCAUCGUUUUAGCAAAAAAGGCCUUGGUUCUUCAUUGUAACCUCAUUUACUUGUGUGGCUGCCAGCCACUUUGGUUGUCAUCUGAUGAAAAUGAAGCUGUUUUAUGCCGAAUGUGUUGCACUAAUGUAUUUUCUGUGAAGGAAAACUAUAGUUGCACGUCCCUGAUCACUCUGUUGAAGCAAAAAAACACUUGACUUUCAAUAUAAAACGCGACCCCUGUCAAAACUCAGCUGGACUCACCUGCUCCCGCUUUCUCCCGUUGUGUUAUUUACAAACAAACACGUGACUGGUUCAACUGUUCUGGGAAACAGUACAGUAAGCUUCAUAAUGUCUGUAGCAGCCCCUCUCACCUGAACAUCUCACCUGAACAUUUCACCUGAACAUCUCACCUGAACAUUUCACCUGAACAUUUCACCUGAACAUUUCACCUGAACAUUUCACCUGAACAUUUCACCUGAACAUUUCACCUGAACAUCUCACCUGAACGUUUCACCUGAACAUUUCACCUGAACGUUUCACCUGAACAUUUCACCUGAACAUUUCACCCGAACAUCUCACCCGAACAUUUCACCUGAACAUUUCACCUGAACAUUUCACCUGAACAUCUCACCUGAACAUUUCACCUGAACAUUUCACCUGAACAUUUCACCUGAACAUUUCACCUGAACAUUUCACCUGAAUAUUUCCCCUGAACAUUUCACCUGAACAUCUCACCUGAACAUUUCACCUGAAUAUUUCACCUGAACAUUUCACCUGAACAUCUCACCUGAACAUCUCACCUGCACAUUUCACCUGAACGUUUCACCUGAACAUCUCACCUGAACAUUUCACCUGAACAUCUCACCUGAACAUUUCACCUGAAUAUUUCACCUGAACAUUUCACCUGAACAUCUCACCUGAAUAUUUCACCUGAACAUUUCACCUGAACAUUUCCUCUCCUCUUUUCUGUCUCUCUCCUAGAUGAACAGCAGCAGUGGGAGGUGCAGCGUCUCCGUGGUUCCGGGGAGGAGUGGCUCCGGUGCCGGGAGGUUCUGGAGCUGGCCCUGAGGUCGGCACAGGCCCGUAACCUGGCCCUGGAGGAGGAGCUGGGGAGGAAGAGGGCGUACGUAGAGAAGGUAGAGCGGCUGCAGAGUGCCCUGGGACAGCUACAGGCCGUCUGUGAGAAGAGAGAGGCCCUGGAACUGAGGCUGAGGACCAGGCUGGAGCAGGAGCUGAAGAGCCUCCGAGCAGCACAGGUGAGCAGAGGAGAGGAGAGGAGAGGAGAGGAGAGGAGAGGAGACAUACACAAACUAUGAUUAAUCCUAUAUCAGGGCUGUUCAACUCCGGUCCUGAAGUGUUUCGGCCCUCCAGGACCAGAAUAUAUAAAAUGAAAACCUUAUGAUCCACCUUAACACGUAAUAUUUGACAACCCCCAAGUCUGUCUGUACAGUAAACACAGUCUUACAUAUGUGUGUGUGUAUGGAUGUACAGUGAGGGAAAAAAGUAUUUGAUCCCCUGCUGAUUUUGUACGUUUGCCCACUGACAAAGACAUGAUCAGUCUAUAAUUUGAUUGGUAGGUUUAUUUGAACAGUGAGAGACAGAAUAGCAACAAAAAAAUCCAGAGAAACGCAUGUAAAAAAUGUUAUGAAUUGAUUUGCAUUUUAAUGAGGGAAAUAAGUAUUUGACCCCUCUGCAAAACAUGACUUAGUAAUUGGUGGCAAAACCCUUGUUGGCAAUCAGAGGUCAGACAUUUCUUGUAGUUGGCCACCAGGUUUGCACACAUCUCAGGAGGGAUGUUGUCCCACUCCUCUUUGCAGAUCUUCUCCAAGUCAUUAAGGUUUCGAGGCUGACGUUUGGCAACUCAAACCUUCAGCUCCCUCCACAGAUUUUCUAUGGGAUUAAGGUCUGGAGACUGGCUAGGCCACUCCAGGACCUUAAUGUGCUUCUUCUUGAGCCACUCCUUUGUUGCCUUGGCCGUGUGUUUUGGGUCAUUGUCAUGCUGGAAUACCCAUCCACGACCCAUUUUCAAUGCCCUGGCUGAGGGAAGGAGGUUCUCACCCAAGAUUUGACGGUACAUGGCCCCGUCCAUCGUCCCUUUGAUGCAGGGAAGUUGUCCUGUCCCCUUAGCAGAAAAACACCCCCAAAGCAUAAUGUUUCCACCUCCAUGUUUGACGGUUGGGAUGGUGUUCUUGGGGUCAUAGGCAGCAUUCCUCCUCCUCCAAACACGGCGAGUUGAGUUGAUGCCAAAGAGCUCGAUUUUGGUCUCAUCUGACCACAACACUUUCACCCAGUUCUCCUCUGAAUCAUUCAGAUGUUCAUUGGCAAUCUUCAGACGGCCCUGUAUAUGUGCUGGCUUGAGCAGGGGGACCUUGCGUGCGCUGCAGGAUUUUAAUCCAUGACGGCGUAGUGUGUUACUAAUGGUUUUCUUGGUGACUAUGGUCCCAGCUGCCUUGAGAUCAUUGACAAGAUCCUACCGUGUAGUUCUGGACUGAUCCCUCACCUUCCUCAUGAUCAUUGAUGCCCCACGAGGUGAGAUCUUGCAUGGAGCCCCAGACCGAGGGUGAUUGACCGUCAUCUUGAACUUCUUCCAUUUUCUAAUAAUUGCGCCAACAGUUGUUGCCUUCUCACCAAGCUGCUUGCCUAUUGUCCUGUAGCCCAUCCCAGCCUUGUGCAGGUCUACAAUUUAAUCCCUGAUGUCCUUACACAGCUCUCUGGUCUUGGCCAUUGUGGAGAGGUUGGAGUCUGUUUGAUUGAGUGUGUGGACAGGUGUCUUUUAUACAGGUAACGAGUUCAAACAGGUGCAGUUAAUACAGGUAAUGAGUGGAGAACAGGAGGGCUUCUUAAAGAAAAACUAACAGGUCUGUGAGAGCCGGAAUUCUUACUGGUUGGUAGGUGAUCAAAUACUUAUGUCAUGCAAUAAAAUGCAUAUUAAUUACUUAAAAAUCAUACAAUGUGAUUUUCUGGAUUUUUGUUUUAGUUGAAGUGUACCUAUGAUAAAAAUUACAGACCUCUACAUGCUUUGUAAGUAGGAAAACCUGCAAAAUCGGCAGUGUAUCAAAUACUUGUUCUCCCCACUGUAUAUAUUUGCGAGAAAAAAACAACAUAUGGGGGAUUGGAAGUAUGCAGACAAUUACAUUGAUGGAAGUUACAAUCUAUCUGAAAUAUUCAAGCUGAUCUACCCCUUAAAAAAAUAAAAUAUAUAUAUAUAAAAAACAACAACAAAAAACAACAGUCUUACAAAACAAAACAGCUCCAUGUUUGUUUGAAAAAUCCUUCAUUACAUUUCAUUCCGUGGUAUCAGUCCCACAGCGCGGCCAGCGGCCCCGGCUCCACGGUGUCCGUACAGCUGCAGCUGGCUGAAGGAGAGGAGAGGAUCCUGGCUCUGGAGGCCGACGUCACACGCUGGGAACAGAAGUACCUGGAGGAGAGCACCAUGAGGCAGUUCGCCAUGGACGCAGCCGCUACUGCUGCGGCUCAGAGAGACACCAGCGUCAUCAAACGCUCCCCUCGCCACUCACCCAACAGCAGCUUCAACGACCACCUGCCAUCCAGCCGCAGACAUCAGGAGAUGGAGAAUAGGUACAUAUCUUUGCUGUUAACUUUCUGCUCACUGGACGUUGUACAGUAACACCAGUUGGUCUGACCUAGGUGAAGAAUCUGUCGAUGUGCCCUUGAGCAAGGCACUUAACCCUAAUUGCUCCUGUAAGUCGCUCUGGAUAAGAGCGUCUGCUAAAUGACAAAAAAUAAAUAAAAAAACUCACACAUUGGUAGAUAGAUCAACAUAGUUAUCUGAGUAACUAAAUAUGCAAUCUUUGUGUGUGUAGGGUCCGAGUGCUGCACUCCCAGCUCCUGGAGAAGGAUGCAGUGAUCAGGGUGUUACAGCAGCGGUCCCAACGGGAGCAGAUCAGGCUAGAGCAGCAGGCCCUCCGCCCUGCCAGGUCCGUCCCCUCCGUCAGCACCGAGGCCAACGGCUCAACCUCCACCAGUGGCCCAGUGGAGCAACCCAUCCGGGGGAAAGGUGAGCUCUAGGGCCCUGGGUCCCAAAUGGUACCUUAUAGUGGACUACUUUUGAUAAGGGCCCAUAGGGUCAAAAAGGUCAAAAGUAGUCCACUAUGUAGGGAAUAUGACAGUGGAGGCUCCUCAGAGUAGGAAGGAGAGGACCAUCCUCCUCAGUGAAUUUCAUAAAAAUAAAAUAGUGAAACAUUAAAAAAGUUAUCCUUUUUAGAUAAAACUAUACUAAAUAUAUUCACGUCACCCAAUAAUUUAUUAAAACACACUACGGUAGCCUCAGCAGUACUCUCUAGGGUAGCACCAUGGUGUAGCCGGAGGACAGCUAGCUUCCGUCCUCCCCUGGGUACAUUGACUUCAAUACAAAACCUAGGAGACUCAUGGUUCUCACACCCUUCCAUAGACUUACACAGUAAUUAUGACAACUUCCGGGAGGACGUCCUCCAACCUAUCAGAGCUCUUGUAGCAUGAACUGACAUGUUGUCCACCCAAUUAAAGGAUCAGAGAACGGAUCUAGCACUUUCACUUUCUCAGCUGAUGUCAAAUGCAGCUAGCUAGUUCAGCUGACUCAAACACCCGGCUCAAACAGAGAGGGCUGCUAUGUUAGCUAGCUGAGCCACUUGUGUGGGUUGUAGACUCCGUCUCAUGCUACCACUAGAGUGAAAGCACUGCCAGCAUUCAAAAGUGACCAAAACAUCAGCCAGGAAGCAUAGGAACUGAGAAGUGGUCUGUGGUCACCACAUGCAAAACCAGUCCUUUAUUGGGGGUGUCUUGCUAAUUGCCUAUAAUUUCCACCUGUUGUCUAAAUCCAUUUGCACAACAGCAUGUGAAAUGUAUUGUCAAUCAGUGUUGCUUCCUAAGUGGACAGUUUGAUUUCACAGAAGUGUGAUUGACUUGGAGUUACAUUGUGUUGUUUAAGUGUUCCCUUUAUUUUUUUGAGCAGUGUAUAACGAACUGUUUGUAUGUGGCUGCUAUGAAAGUGAACUGUGUUUACGCGUGAUCAGGGGUGUAUUCAUUCCGACGAUUCUGUUGAAAAAUGUUUUUUAAAACGCAAGCAAACGGAACGAAAUGGGGAUAAACAUAUCUGAAUUCGUCCAAUAGAAACUCUCAUUUGCAACUGUUGGACUAAUGGUUACACCCUAGAUAAGCUAGAUGCAAGGCAAGAGUGUGCAAGGCGAUAUUAAAUGUGUCACUGUCUGUCAUCUUUGAUUACUCAAAAUUCUCUCGACCUGUGCACCUGCGUUGUAAACUUUCAAUCAUAUGCUUCCCACAGUUGUGUCAAGAUGGCUGGAUAUCUUUUGGGUGGUGGAUCAUUUAAGCGUGAAAAACCCAGUAGUGUUGCAGUUCUUGACUCAAACCGCUGCGCCUGGCACCUACUACCAUACCCUGUUCAAAGGCCCUUAAAACUUUUGUCUUGCCCAUUCACCCUCUGAUUGGCACACACACACAAUUCAUGUCUCAAUUGUCUCAAGGCUUAAAAAUCCUUCUUUAACCUGUCUCCUCCCCUUCAUCUACACCACGUGUCAAACUCAUUCCACAGAGGGCCGAGUGUCUGCAGGUUUUCACUCCAUCCUUGUACUUAAUUGAUGAAUUAAGGUCACUAAUUAGUAAGGAACUCCCCUCAUCUGGUUGUCUAGGUCUUAAUUAAAUAGAAAAACCGAAAAACCAGCAGACACUCGGCCCUCCGUGGAAUGAGUUUGACAUCCUUCAUCUACACUUAUUGAAGUGGAUUUAACAAGUAACAUCAAUAAGGGAUCAAGCUUUCACCUGGUCAGUCUAUGUCAUGGAAAGAGCAGGUGUUCUUAAUGUUUUGUACACUCAGUGUAUCUACUUCCUGAAGAAUCUGGAGAAUUAUGACAUCACUGUCUUCUCCUUCUUUUUAGUCUUCUGGGGUCACAGGUCAUAACGCCUGGAGGAAUGUCAGAUCUAGAACAACCCAUGCUAUUAACUCAAGAGACAACUGGCGGCUGUUAAGCGUCUAGUGCAUAGUGUCGCCAGUCAGAAUGUUGCACUUCCUAAAAUAACUACUGUUGGGGAGAGGACACGGUGAGGGACUUUCCUCAAAUAGAUGACGACGUCUUUUAGUAACAGAAUGAAUGUACUGUAUGUCGUCUCCCCGCUCCGGGAUAGCCGCUCUAGAAUAGACGUGGCAGGGAAGCUCACAGAGCAGAUGUUUGAGCGUGUGUGCUUACGUGAUUAACCAGCUCCCUCUUGUUGUCUGUGAUCUGGUAAUUAACCAGCUUCCUGUUGUUGUCUGUGAUCUGGUAAUUAACCAGCUUCCUGUUGUUGUCUGUGAUCUGGUAAUUAACCAGCUUCCUGUUGUUGUCUGUGAUCUGGUAAUUAACCAGCUUCCUCUUGAUGUCUGUGAUCUGGUAAUUAACCAGCUUCCUGUUGUUGUCUGUGAUCUGGUAAUUAACCAGCUUCCUGUUGUUGUCUGUGAUCUGGUAAUUAACCAGCUUCCUCUUGUUGUCUGUGAUCUGGUAAUUAACCAGCUUCCUGUUGUUGUCUGUGAUCUGGUAAUUAACCAGCUUCCUCUUGUUGUCUGUGAUCUGGUAAUUAACCAGCUUCCUCUUGUUGUCUGUGAUCUGGUAAUUAACCAGCUUCCUGUUGUUGUCUGUGAUCUGGUAAUUAACCAGCUUCCUGUUGUUGUCUGUGAUCUGGUAAUUAACCAGCUUCCUCUUGUUGUCUGUGAUCUGGUAAUUAACCAGCUUCCUCUUGUUGUCUGUGAUCUCGUAAUUAACAAUUUUCCUGUUGUUGUCUGUGAUCCAGUAAUUAACCAUUUUCCUGUUGUUGUCUGUGAUCCAGUAAUUAACCAUUUUCCUGUUGUUGUCUGUGAUCCGGUAAUUAACCAUUUUCCUGUUGUUGUCUGUGAUCCAGUAAUUAACCAGCUUCCUGUUGUUGUCUGUGAUCCAGUAAUUAACCAGCUUUCCUCUUGUUGUCUGUGAUCCGGUAAUUAACCAGCUUCCUGUUGUUGUCUGUGAUCCAGUAAUUAACCAUUUUCCUCUUGUUGUCUGUGCUUGUAGGGAAGAGCCUCUCUGAUGACCAGACGGCUACUGCAGUGUGUCCUCUCUCCCUGUCCCCCCACCAACACCCCUGUGCCCCCCUGGCCCUGCCCGCCCUGCUGUUCCUGUCCAAGCCCGGAGCAGGGACAGCAGCACCCAGUGUGACCGUGACGUUCCGGCCCAGGAGACUGAUCUUACCGGCAUGCCAGCACCCCCUGAGGCUUCCUCGACCUCAACGCUUGCCUCUGGUGUGUAGCCUAUUCUGGAAUGGCUGUUGUGUAUGUAUUAACAAAUAGAAACAGUACCGGGACCCAAAAUGAGCACUGGCACCCAAAAUGAGCACUGGCACCUAAAGAGAAACAGUACCGGGACCCAAAAUGAGUACUGGUACCUAUUUCAGUCUCAUACAAUACAGAGAAAAUGACAUGUACAGUGGAGUUAGAGUGGAACACAGGGCUUCGUAUGAUGAUGUAAUAAUACAAGUCCUUUUGAUCUGUGCCGGUUAAAGUGGAACCAGAACCCAGGGUCAUGCCGGUUAAAGUGGAACCAGAACCCAGGGUCAUGCUGGUUAAAGUGGAACCAGAACCCAGGGUCAUGCUAGUUAAAGUGGAACCAGAACCCAGGGUCAUGCUGGUUAAAGUGGAACCAGAACCCAGGGUCAUAUAGGUUAAAGUGGAACCAGAACCCAGGGUCAUGCUAGUUAAAGUGGAACCAGAACACAGGGUCAUGCUGGUUAAAGUGGAACCAGAACCCAGGGUCAUGCUGGUUAAAGUGGAACCAGAACACAGGGUCAUGCUGGUUCAAGUGGAACCAGAACCCAGGGUCAUGCUGGUUCAAGUGGAACCAGAACCCAGGGUCAUGCUGGUUAAAGUGGAACCAGAACCCAGGGUCAUGCUAGUUAAAGUGGAACCAGAACCCAGGGUCAUGCUGGUUAAAGUGGAACCAGAACCCAGGGUCAUGCUGGUUCAAGUGGAACCAGAACCCAGGGUCAUGCUGGUUCAAGUGGAACCAGAACCCAGGGUCACAGCAGACAGUCUGAGUCCCAAAUGGUACCCUUCCAGGCUCAGAGAGGGGAAGUAG